AUGAAGCAAAUUCGAUUCACAACCAAGUUCAAGGGAAGGAUGCUUACAGUCAAUGUGAAAGUGAACAAAGAAAGAAAAGGGUUGCCACUAAGUCUAUUGCAAAAAGCACUCCAAGUGGAGCUGAUAACUACGUUUCCACCAAAUAAAAUAUUCAAGGAGAUCAAGAGUAUUGGGACCUUGGAGAUCCGACAUAUAUUUGUAAGUUUUGUGGUGCGAUGCACUGGUAUGAGGAAAGAUUGGAGAAGAAUAAAAAAAGGUGAACCAAAAGAUCCGAAGUUUUCUAAGUGUUGUUUACAAGGAAAAGUGCUACUACUUAUACUAAAAGAGCCACCACUGCCACUUUGUGGUCUUUUGAAGAAUGAGGACCCUAAAAGUAGGACAUUUCUAGAUAAUAUAAGAUCUUAUAAUGACUUGGAGUUAUCAGAUGACCAACUAAAGAAUUACACUCUAUUUGAAAUCGAAUUUUUUUUGCGAAGUAAUGGCAAUACACUUAGAUAUUUUCCGAUGAUACCGUUUCCAGAUGAUAUGCUCAUGUCAGAGGGGAGAAACAAGUUGAUCCAAGAUGAAUUGCAAUAUGAUAAAACAGCAUUACAUCAAGAGCAUGAAAAACCUUUUUCAAGUCUUACGGAUGAACAAAAAGAAGUUUACAACAAAAUCAUGGGUGCGGUGGAAAGAGGUGAAGGGGGUGUCUUCUUCAUAUAUGGAUAUGGCGGCACAGGAAAAACUUUUAUUUGGAGAACUCUUUGUGCUGCUAUAAGGUCUAAAGGAGAAAUUGUGCUACCUGUUGCUUCAAGCGGAAUUGCAUCACUUCUCCUUCCGAGAGGAAGAACGGCCCAUUCUAGGUUUAAAAUUCCUUUGAGUGUAACAGAAGACUCAACAUGUAAUAUAAAACCGGGAAGUGAUUUGGCUGAGCUUUUAAUGAAAACAAGUCUUAUCAUUUGGGAUGAAGCUCCUAUGAUUAAUAAGUUCUGCUUUGAAGCUAGAAGAUUAAGGGAUGUUCUAAGACCCUCAGAUCAACCCUUUGGGGGUAAGGUAAUCGUCUUUGGAGGAGAUUUCCGACAAAUCCUUCCGGUUAUUCCGAAGGGAAGUAGACAAGACAUUGUUUUUUCUACAAUAAACUCAUCUUAUCUGUGGAACUUUUGUGAGGUCUUAAAGUUGACAAGAAACAUGAGGCUACAAGUUGGACGAUCAGAUUCAAACAAUAAUGAAAUAAGAGAAUUUUCUGAGUGGAUAUUGAAAAUUGGAGAUGGUAAGGUCGGAGAGCCAAAUGAUGGUGAAGGUACUGUAGAAAUUCAUGAUGACAACCUGAUAACAGAAGCAACCAAUCCGGUGGAAGCUAUUGUAAAUAGUACUUAUCCAUCUAUUCUUCAGAAUUUAUGGGAUCCAAAGUACUUUCAGGAAAGAGCAAUUCUUGCCCCGACUCAUGAUAAUGUAGAGGCUAUAAAUGAUUACUUGCUAUCCUUAAUGCCAAGAGAAGAGAAAGAGUACCUAAGUUCUGACACCAUUGAUCAGGCAGACACAAUAUGGAAAUGGAAGACAUGUAUCCAGUUGAGUUCCUUAAUUCUAUUAGAUGUUCUGGCUUACCUAAUUAUCGGAUAA